GCAUUUGUUGUUGCUUCCGCAUUUAGCAUAAAUAAGGAGUUAUACUUCAACAUGGGUAGUGAAGCUCAAUACAAGAAUGCCAUGGCCUUGAAUGCAGAAGAAGGAGAGUAUUCAGAGCCAGUCAGUCCCACUGGACAGUAUUUCAACAGCUCUGCGUUGUCCAUUGGCGUUCUUGGUGUUUUGGACUCCGAAAUCCCGAUCGAUGAUUCCCCAACCAUGAAAUUGCUUGAAGAUGUCUUCCUUCCUAUUAAUCCUCGCUUCUCCUCCGUUAUGGUUCAAGAUGAAAAUGGAGCAAAGCAGUGGAAGAAGGUUGAAGUGAAGCUGGUAGAUCAUGUAAACGUCCCUGUUUUCCCCCCUGGAUUGUCACCAGAGUCUUAUGACAACUAUCUAAGCGACUAUCUGUCAAAGAUAGCAACGGAACAGCUCCCACAAAACCGACCACUAUGGAAUAUUCAUAUCGUCAAGUACACUACCAGCAAUGCGGCUGGUAGUCUGAUAUUCAAGCUUCAUCAUGCGCUUGGCGACGGCUAUUCUCUCAUGGGUGCUCUUCUUUCCUGUCUACAAAGAGCUGAGAAUCCUUCCGUUCCCUUGACAUUUCCUGCACUUAGUUCUGCCCCAAAUCUUUCCGAGAACAGUAACAGCGUAUUCAGGAGUUUGUACUCAGCCUUCAACACUAUAUCAGAUUUUGGAUGGAGCCUUUUGAAAAGCAGUUUUCUAGAAGAUGAUAGAACCAUGAUAAGAUCUGGGGAUCCCGGUGUACAGUUCAAGCCGGUUGUAAUUUCAACCAUGACAUUCUCUCUUGAUCACAUCAAACAAAUCAAGACUAAGCUUGGAGUGACAAUAAAUGAUGCAAUUACGGGAAUAAUUUUCUUUGGGACUCGAUUAUACAUGCAAGGAACGAGCAGCGAUAAGUUGAGCAAUGGAAACUCCACUGCGCUUGUGCUGCUCAACACUAGGACCAUUGGAGGGUACAAGUCAGUGAAGGAUAUGGUCAAACCUGAUGCAGACUCACCAUGGGGAAACCAAUUUGGGUUCCUGCAUGUUUCAUUACCCGAAUUAGCAAGUACUGCCGAAUCUUGCAAUCCGCUUGAAUUUAUUUGGAAAGCACAGAAACUGAUCCAGAGAAAGAGAAACUCUAAAGCUGUUUUUUUUACUGGUCAGCUUCUUGAGGGUUUGAGGAAAUAUAGAGGUCCUGAGGCAACGGCAAAAUACAUCCAUAGCACCCUAAAGAACUCCAGCAUGACAAUCUCAAACUUGAUUGGACCGGUGGAACGAAUGGCAUUGGCUGAUCAUCCAGUUAAAAGCUUGUACUUUAUGGUGGUUGGUGUGCCUCAGAGUCUUACCAUAACAAUGGUGAGUUACAUGGGAAAGCUGACAGUUGCCAUCGGAACAGAGAAAGACUUCGUAGAUCCGCAAAAGUUCAAGUCAUCUGUCGAAAAUGCUUUUCAGAUGAUGCUCAAGGCUGCACAAGCAAUUGCUUAAAGAUCAGAUAGCACGUGAAGGGCAAGCAUUCCAAAAUAUCAGUCCUUUCAAAUUUAAACAACUGGAUUUCUGACCCAUCAGUCCGUCACAUUGGAAAUGUCACUGCAAAUCUAAUUUCUAACGCCGAGCUUAUAUUUUACAAGUGGUUUCCAUAUUAAAGGAAACUUUUUUAUGUUAAUUUUUUUUCUCAUCUGUUACUAUAAAUCCAUU